AUGGCCCAAUUCGCCAACGUCAAGCAGCUCUUCGACAUCACCGGGCGCAACUACAUCGUCACCGGCGGUGCGCAGGGCAUCGGCCUGGCGAUGGUGCAUGCGCUGGCGCAGUGCGGCGCCAACGUGGUCGCGCUCGACAUGCAGGCGGCCCCCAGCACCGACUACGCGAGCCUGGCCAAGCAGCUCAACGUCCGGCUCAGCUACGUGCAGGCCGACGUGACAGACGAGCAAGGCCUGACAGCCGCCUUCCACAGGGCGUUUGAGCUCCUCGGCGGCACCGUGCACGGGCUCGUCACCUGUGCGGGCAUCGCGCUGGAAAAGGCGUUCCACGCGACCACCUGGGCCGAGUGCCGCAAGAUCCAGGACGUCAACGUCACAGGGAGCUACUUCUCGGCGCAGCUCGUGGCCGAGCAGAUGCGCAAGCAGGGCACGCGCGAGGGGGCCAGCAUCGUCCUGGUCGCGUCCAUCACGUCGCACACGGUGCUCCCGCAGCACCGCAUGUCGGCGUACAGCGCGUCCAAGGGGGCGGUGCGCAUGCUCUCGCAGGCGCUGGCCGUCGAGCUCGCCGCCGACGGGAUCCGGGUCAACUCGAUCUCGCCGGGGUUCAUCGACACCGAGAUGACGCAGGAGGUGCGCAAUGCGAACCCGGCCAUGGUGGCCAUCAUGAACGACACGCCGCCGCUGAAGAGGAUCGGGACGAGGGAUGACUUGUUGGGUGCCGCGGUGUACCUGCUGAGUGACGCGUCGGCGUACACGACUGCUGCGGAUAUUGCCAUCACGGGAGGACUGCAUGUGCAGAUGGCGUUGGACAACAAGCUGGCCCAGCAGCCGUAG